AUGGCCACCACGAAGGAUGACUCCCCUGGAAACCAAUACUACCCCAAUAGCCCACCAAUGCGAAUGCCAGGCCUGACGUUUCUAUACCGGCUGGAGUGCACCAUCGCCUCCGAAGAAAUCAGCAUCGGUGCUCCUUACGGGGCAGGUAUAAUCCGAAGUAUCGCAAACAUAACAGGCGGCACAUUCAAGGGCCCAAAUCUUGAAGGAACCGUUCUCCCUCUUGGUGGUGCAGACUGGGCGACUGUUAUUGAAGGAACGCAUUCGAUGACCCUCAACGCCCGAUACACAAUCAAAACAACCGACGGACACCACCUCUUCAUACAAGCGCACGGCCUCUACCGCCCCGGGCCAGGAACAGAAUACGCGAAGCAAGUAUCCUCGAACCCAGAGAUGAGACCGCCGCCGACAGUUACACAGGACGAGGUCGAGUUCUUCUCGCAUCUGCGGAUUGAGGCCGCGGGGGUGUAUAACUGGUUAAAUGGGCUGGUUUGUGUUGGGGUUAUGACCUGUGAUGAUGAUCGUAUUAUUAUCGAUGCGUAUUAUUUGACGAAUUUUGGGGCAGUCAGGCCGGAGGAAGUUAUGAUCAGAAAGCAUUAG